AUGCCCAAAUUAAAGAUUCCAGUUGUACAAGUACUACUAGUAGCCAUAUCCUUCUUACUAGUGCUACAACAAUGUUGCCAAGCCUCCAUGCCACAAUAUCAUCCACCAUUGCUCUCUUCAAAUCUCUGUCUUUCUGAUCAAAGUGAUGCAUUGCUGAAGUUGAAGAAGUCCUUGGCCAUCCAUGCAAAUGGCCACGACAAAAUGGCAUCGUGGAAUGAUGGAGUGGACUAUUGCACGUGGGAAGGUGUUACUUGCGACUCCUCCACUGGUCACAUCGUGGGUCUCGACCUCAGUUGUGAUGAAAAACUAUCUGGUACACCUAUCCUAUAUUGUUGUCGUCAGCUUCAUGAGCAACUUCAAGGAGACUUCAUCUCUCACUUGUCGUACCUCCAGAGUCUCAAUCUGGCCAACAAUUGCUUCAAUGGCUCAAUGAUCCCCUCAAGUUUUGCCCGAUUAACCAGUUUGACUUAUCUGAAUCUCUCGCAUUACUAG